AUGGAUGAUGUUGAAAAACUAAGUUGUAAAGAAGAAUUAGAAAAUAGUGACAUAGAAAAUUCUGCUAAUGAUGAUAAUAAGGAUCGUGAUGAAAAACCAAAAAAGAAGAAAAGGAGACGACGUGAAAUCGAUAUGAUAAAACUGUCCGAUGAUGAUGAAACGGAUGAGGAAGGAAUACCAAAAAAGCUGUUACGCAGAUUUAGUCCUGGUCCUAAUUCACCAGCUUCUCAUCGGGAGCCCCGAACAUGUGUUCUUAAGGCUAGUCAAAAGCACCGUCCACUAACUCGCCUUCUAGAACAGUUACUUCGCAACUUAGAGAAGCGAGAUCCAAAUCAGUUCUUUGCUUUGCCUGUAAAUGAUAAUUUUGCACCAGGAUACUCUACUAUCAUCAAACGUCCGAUGGACUUUUCAACAAUGAAACAGAAGAUUGAUGAUAAUGAAUACAAAUCUUUGAACUGUUUUAUUAGUGACUUCAAGCUUAUGUGUAACAAUGCUAUAAAAUACAACAAACCUGGCACUGUCUACCACAAAGCAGCAAGACGUUUGCUGCAUGCUGGACUGAAACAGCUGACGCCACAGAAACUAAGGCCACUUGGCAAUAUGCUUACGUAUAUGUAUGAGAUACCAAUACGAGAGCUAGGCUUUGACAUCGGAAAAAUGGAUGUUCACAAGGUGUUAAAGCGCACGAGCCCAAUGAAGAGCGGCGGCUCGGAGGCGGAAGCUGCGUCGGAUGGAGGCCUGGAGCGACCGGACGGUGACAGCGUCAAGAUACAAAUGGAAGCGGCAAGGGAGCAGCAUAGGAGGAGGCUAGCGAAGAAAGCUUUCCCUCGUAUGGACGCUGAGGGUAAAACAACACUGUGCCUGGUGACUAACACCGUGGAUGCAUCUGCUGAGGACAAGCCUAUGACAUUGGGCCAGUACAUUGGCAAGCUUCAGCAGGGAACGGGAACAUUGCACACGUCUCGUGAAGAUCGACGUAAUAUGGCGAAAGGUGUGAAGCCGCUCAACUAUGGACCAUUUAGUUCGUACGCUCCCUCCUACGAUGGAACUUUUGCCACUCUCACUAAAGAGGAGUCCCACCUCAUCUACCAUACUAUGCAUGCAGAAACUGGUCAAGGUAACGAGGAGAUGCUUCGGUUCGCGCCCGACUCCCCAUGGAACUUGUUCUAUGAUAUGGAAGCUUUAUUCCCGGAUAAGAAGAACCAACCGGAUCCCGCGCAAACUAAGGAUGACUUUGAUAUUUCAAAGGUCAAAGUCGAUGUAGAGCAACUCCGGAGUCUUUCCGAAUUGGGAAUCGACAUGGAAUUUUUGAACGAAAUGGAGGAAGACAUUGUUUCAUCGCAACACGACUACGGCAUUGGGCCUGCACUGCGGCAUACCUAUGAACUAUUGCAGAAAUUGGAAAAGGAACAAAGAGACAGACUGUCGGCGCCGCCGCCGUGGCAUUUGUCGCUGGCGGCGCGGCCGGGCGGCGCGGAGCGCGAGGUGGCGCGGCAAGUGGCGGCGUGCCUGCGCGGCAUGGCGGCGCGCGUGCCGCCCGCCCCGCUGGCGCCCCUCGCGGCAAUACGCCGCGCGCUGGGGGUCACGCUCGACCACCUCGAUACGCCGAUGUCACUAGAUGACUUCGAAUUGGAGCAAGAGGCGCGUGAUGUCAUCUCCGAUCCUGAUUCCCGGUCCAGUCACGACAAAUGA